GGGGCGGGGCGGGCCAGGCGGCCGUCCCGCCCCCCCGCGCUGCGGCCGGGGCUCCGAGCCGCUCCGUCCCGCGGCGCAGGGAGCCGGGCCGGGGCCGGGGCUGCCGCCCGGGCCGGGGCCGCAGUCCGGGGCGCCCCUGCGCUGGCUGGCCCGCCGCCAUGGCCCGCUUCUCGGCCUUCCUCAACCCCGUCCUGGUGCUCUUCAGCUGCGACCUCUGCCUCGUGCGAGCCAACAGGCCACCAUCCCCUGUCAACGUGACUGUGACACAGCUGAAGGCAAACUCUGCCACUGUUUCCUGGGACGUCCCAGAAGGAGAUGUGGUCAUCGGCUAUGCCAUCUUACAGCAGCGGCAAGAUGGGCAGAUGCAGCGCUUCAUCCGGGAGGUGAACACCACCAACCGCGCCUGCGUGCUGUGGGACCUGGCGGAGGAUGCAGACUACAUCAUCCAGGUGCAGAGCAUCGGGCUCUACGGGGAGAGCCAGGCCAGCAAGCGCGUCCACUUCCGCACCUUGAAGGAGACCGACCGCCUCCCUUCCAACAGCUCCAACCAAGGUGACAUCACCAUGGAAGGGCUGGACAAAGACAGGCAGCUGCAAACAGGCGAGAUUAUCAUCAUCGUUGCUGUGCUGCUCAUGUGGGCAGCGGUGAUAGCCCUCUUCUGCAGACAGUAUGACAUCAUCAAGGACAAUGACUCCAACAACAACAAGGAAAAGACGAAGCCAUCCUCAGAGCACAGCACGCCAGAGCGGCCGAGCGGAGGGCUGCUGCGGAGCAAGAAGAAGUCUCCCUCGGUCAAUAUAAUCGAGGUGUAAGUGCAGCACCAGCUCUACAUCUGGGGUCCUGGGCAUCCUGCCAGAGCCAAAGCAGGCCUUGGAAGAGGAGGCAGCACCAGGCGCCCUGCCUGGAACUCUGCAUGUGAAGAUCCGCGUAUCAGAACUUACGCUUUCCCGAGGGCGCCUGUCCAGGGACGUGCAUGGCGCCGGCUCCCAGCCCUGCAUGCAGCGCGGGGCCCUGCCCGCACCACAUGCUCGGCCCCGCUCCCCUGCCGCCGCGGAGCGUGGAGCUGAGCCAGGGCAGGGGCCACACCGCCCGCCCGGGGUCGAGCCCCGGGGGCAGAGGGGCUGGGCGCGGGCCUGGGGGAGGCACCACGGGGUGCAGUGGUGCAGCACUGCCCGCCUGCCUUGCCCUGCCCGCCGUGUCUGGGCUCGGGGGGGCAGCAGCUGCUCCCCUUUUGGCCCCGAGGCCGAGGGGAUGGGGCAGUGCAGGCGUUCACCCCAGGGACAGCAGGGAAGUUGUGGCUGGGUGGCAGGGGGUUUGUCCAUGGGGCUGGACCCAGCGAGCACAGCUGGAGAGUGGGUCCCUGCUGGAGAAUGGGGCUCCACUGCACCCCACCAUGGCCAUGCAGCCGCUUCAGGGCCUUUCCCUGCUGCUAGGGACAAAGACACAAAGGAGCACAAGGAGCUGGUGCUGCCACAGUGCCUGGCUGCCUUGCAGAGCAUGUGGCCAGGGCAGGAACUGCUGACAGGAUUGGUUCUGUGGGAUGAGGUGAGCCCCCCAGAGCUGUGGGAGUAAUGCCAGGGCACGGCUGUGGCUUCAACUUUCCCCUAGCAGGAAUCCAUCUGGACACAUUCACACUGUUUUGGGGGAGCUGCUGAGCACCCUGUGAGCGAUGUGGUGGUGCCUUGUGCUGCCUGGAGCAGAUGAUGCAAUGAGGCCCAGCAAGGUCUCAGCAGGCUGGGCAGGAUGUGUGCUGCAGAGCUUGUCACCGUUCUGAGGACAGCCCUAGCUUCAACAGCAUCACAGCCUGCUCCUGGCCCUUUCUGUCUUCCAAGUUACGGUCACAGCUGAUGCUCCUGCACCUGGAGCUGAUCCCAUGCAGCAGAUUGGCUGAUGUGAGACGGAGCUGUGGGAAAGGGCUGACCCUGAAUACCCUGAGCUGGUGGACCUCUGGCUGACUGUUAGCUGCCCACUCUGCUUGCUCAUGUGAGGACAACAGGAACCAUCAACCAUCCUGGGGCUGGUGAAUAGGUGGUGUCAGAUCAGUGCUUGCUUGCUCCCCAGAGCCUGCAGGCAGAAGUCUGUCCCUGGGUGUCUACACUGCUUUGUGUCCAAGGCAGGCCAGGCCCAGGCAUGCCUCCUUGCCAGCCGUGGGAGGGAACAGGGUGAUGCCAGGAGGCUGGCUGCUGCAGAGCUGGCAGCUGGUGGCCCUGGCUGCUGCUCUCCCUCUGUGCUCUGCUCUGUGGCCUGUCACUGAGCUGGGGUGCUGGCUCUGCAGUCCUGGACUCAAGCAUCACAGGAUCCAGCGUCUUCCAGGAAUAAACCUCCUAGUCAAGCACUUUCAGGACUCUUCCUUCCAGAUGCUGCUCAGCUCCUGCUGCAGAACUGGGCAAGGAGGGGACAGGAUAAGCAACUCCCUGUGGCAGGGUCUUUUCAAUAAAAGCAUCCUGGCUCAAACACA